CUUAUAGCAUACAGAAUUAUUGGAUAUACGCACCAUAUGAUCUGUACCAAAGUGCAAGGAGAUAGCAUCAUGGUUAUUGAGUACAGAAGACGUAAUACCUUAGAACUAUCGGCCGAGGAAGUACUAGUCGAUCUGGAAAAACUGGCUGAGGUACAGGAAAUCUUGCUCACAUUUGAGCAACUAAAAAAUAUGAAGGUACAAAAGAAAGUGUGGCCAAACAAGCUUAAGCGAUUUGACGCAAAUGAGAUUGUAAGGAGAGCCAAGUCACGAGUAGGCAAGAAAAAGUACAAUGUAUUGACCAACAACUGCGAACAUUUUGUUGUGUGGUGCAUAUGUGGGCUAAAGGUCAGUCUUCAAGUGACAACCAGGUGCUUUUGGGGAAAAGAGUCGUUGAAAUUGCUGUGCUCUACGAUCAGAGAAUGUGGGAUUCUGGCAGGAAGCUUGGGUUUGGGUUAUGGUUUGUUAUUGCUCAAAGUCCUUGACAAUGUAUCAGAUAAAAUUUUUAUUAAGAUUUUAAGUGGGCCUGAAAAUGCCGCCUUUAAUGUUGGUAUCGCCAUUGCACUUGUCAUUAAAUUAUCUUUAUGUUGUUACGAAAUAAGGAAAGCUCUUGAUGAAAGGAAAAGUGAAGAAAUUCUAACUGACAAUGACCUGGAUGCUAAAAUCGUAGAGAUUGUUACUAAAGCAUGGUUUCAUUGGCAGCUGAGCUUUGCAGGGUUUUUUGCUGGCUUACCGUAUGGUCUCAUUGGUAGUUUAGUAGGAGUGAUCGUUGGUAUUAUUACUGGAACUUAUUUUGGGGUUAUUGCCAAGUGGUACUGUUGGUCAGGACCGCUCACGGUACAAGCUAACGGAAUCUUUAAAUAACGAUCUUAUAGUACCCAAGAUCAAACAUAAGACCUUURGUGGAAGAUCUUUUGCAUUUGCUGGAGCCAGUCUGUGGAACACUUUACCAAAAGAAUUUAAAGUGCAUAUGACACGAAAAAAUAUUAAUGUUAAAAAUGUGUAUUUUAUUGGCAUUAAU